AUGGUUGCAUCGAACAUUGCCCACAUGGGCUUGGCCAUUAACUCGGCUGUCAAUUCAGGGAGCUGCCAGCAUUUGUCACUCCCUUUGCGUGAGGCGCUGUGCACCGUGGAUAUCGGAAACGCCGUGGCAUACUUUCUGCAGGUGGUGACCUUUAUUCAGUUUUCGAUUGUGAACUGCGAGAACCUGAUGAACGUGAGCGCCCUUUGUGGAGCCUCCAUUGCGGGCAUCGGGACCGCAGCUGCAAGCAUCGCGCCAGCUGCAGCUGCCAUCCACCGUGGCUGUAACCCAGGCAUUGUUCCACCACUGCCAAAGACGAGCACUUCGACGACGCUGUCAGUGACGAGCACCUCGUCGCUGACAUCAACUGUUACGAGCACCACGUCGGUGACAUCAACUGUCACGAGCACCACGUCGGUGACAGCCACGUCGUCGACAUCAACUGUGUACCCCACCAUAACCAGCACAACAACAGCAACGGAAACAGCAACCACAAUAACAACAACAGCCACGGCAACAAGCACAACAACAGUAUCAAUCACAACAGUAUCAUCCACAACAUCAUACACGAUCUCCGAGACCACAGAGACUGCCACGGAGACCAGCACAACUUUCACCCAGCAGUCCUUUGACUGUCUCGAUUUGGGCUUUGCACCGCUUCAGCUCAUCAACCGAGACACCGGCCCGAAUGGAGGGUCAUGCCCUGGUGGCUCUGACAUCAAGCAGUUGGACGUAAACUCAGGGAUUUACAGCACACUUUGCACCAUCCCAGACAGAUGCUUCAAUGCCUGUGGGAUGAAGCCGGGCUCGAACUUCAUCUACUGCAUUGAGCGUGACCAACUCUCCAUGAAUCAACUCGUGCGCAUUGACUGUCCUGCAGGGGGCACAGGCACUGCCUGCUUCCUUGGCCGCUUGGACAAAAGCUUCUCGGGAGGGUUCAAUCCGGUGACCGGUGAGUUUGUUGAGACGGACCAGAAUGUUGUGCGGAUCGUGUCGGUGGACGUGGAUACCUUGACUUGCUCCGGAACGCCAGUGGCGUCAAACAUCCCCUUCACGCAGCAACCUUUGGUAAACCCGACUGGGUCUAGCCUGGCCGACAUCCUGAUCUCUGACAUCCCAAAUCCUCCCGCCGGCUCCACUGGGCAAUGGCUACUGUCCUGCACCCGAUCGGGACAAGUUUACAUCCAGAACCUCCAAGAUUCGAGUUUUCACUACACUUUGACAAUGCAGGCAAUUCCGGGAAGUGUGGUUCCUGGAGGAGGCAGCGCCUCAGGCGCGCAGUGGCAAUGGCAAACGUCCCUCUACUGCGCCUACAACGACGGAAGGGGAGUGUGGCAGGUCUUCGAGGACACGAUCGACUUCGGAAAUUUGACCAUCGACGUUGAAAAGGCCGGCAUUUCGCAGGCAACGAGCUCCAACGAUGGCUUGAACUGUCUUGGAGGGGAAUCGCCCUUCACGACGACUACUCCAUAA